GGGGGAGAGCCAGUUUGUUUACAUGCAGCUCUCCCAUCUUGGACAGGGUCUCCACCUAGGAAUGCCCUUCAUAAAUAAUAGAUGAGAAAACCCCAUUCUCCCAGCUGACCCUUCAUCGCCUUGGAGCUGCGGACGUGCCAAGGACGAUGAACUCCCAGAAGGAACACCCAACCUAGUCACUUCCCGACCCUUCCUCUCCCUCCAGGCAAACCUUGUCAACCUCGGUAACAUCCUCCCUUCUACCCCAUCCCCCAUCCCCCCCCCUACUCUCUACACUGGAUUGUCAUCCUGAAACUGAAUCAUUCCCAGCCCAGUAACCUCAAGUGUCUGGACCAAGCAUCGAGGAAAGAUACCUCGCGCUCGUUGGGUUGCUCUCGCCACUCCCCUUUUUUUAUUGUACUCUGAACUUUUGUUGCUCUUCGCUAUUUGUUGUGAUUGGAUGUAGUGUUCUUGUCAAAAGUUUUUUGUGUUUGUUUGUUUAUUUAUUAAUCAUCCCCUUCUCAUAUAUUUUUUUCCUUUUUUUUUCUUUUUUUCUUUUACUCAUAUCUCCUUCCUCCCUACAUUCUUAUUGUUGAGCAUUCCUUUAUGUGUGUUUGGUUGUUUUAUGGUUUGUAGAAAAAAUUCAAAGUUUUAUGAAUCUAGUCAACUUUUGUCUUCUAUAAGUUCUUUAUAGAUGUUUUAUUUUUAUAAUUUUAUUUAGAUGUUAUGGUCACUUUAGAAUAUCCUUGUGUUAUACAUGAUGGAAAAGUUACCCAAAGUUCCCUCACGGUCCAACUCUCCUGUCAAGAGUGGCCGCAAGGGGGACCACAAAGUACAGUUUUCUGACCAGUCUGACCUCCGACUCAGAGGUCAGAAAGUUUGUGGUAAGCCCCCUGAAGUCCCUCGGGCACCACCAUACAGCCGGAGUAGCAGUAGGCUCAGUGGAAGUAGCAGUGUAAGUAGCAGCAGUAGCUGCUCCAGUAAUAGUAGGCUUAGUAGCGGUGGUGGUAGUAGUUCUGCUUUGGAUCGCCCCUGUAGUCGAGGUGGGGACUCCACAAAAUGGACAUCCUCUCUGGACCGUAAGCGUUCAGGUUCGCUUAGAAGCAAGACCUCUGAACGUCAGCCAAAAAGUGACAUUAACAGGAGCCAUUCACUAGACCGCAGAAGAGCUGAAAGCUCCCGGCGUGAAAGUGCAAGCCCAAGUCACUCCAGCACAGAGAGAAAGAGGAGGGACUGCGAAGGCAAAGAUAGUCAGAACAAGGAGAAGAAACCCAAAACAAAGACCACAGGAAUCUCUCACAGCAGGAGCUACUCGGGGGAACGUCCCAGGCUUCCCAACAGACAAAAGUUAACCCCACCCACUUUGAGUCAGAACUGGAAGAAUGAUAUAUCAAAAAAAGAGAAUCUAAUAGAACAAAAAGUUGGUCUUCAUGAUGAUGACAAAACCACCAGCAAGUCCCUGGGGAACAUCCCUAUGGAGUGGGCUGAGCGCAUGAAACGCUCAACUUCACGGAGCCCUCAAAGGAGCCUCAACAUGGGAGAUGGACAUGUCAAAGAGGACAAGGAAAAUGAGAAGAAAGAAAAGACGAAAGGAGACCACAAGGCUUCAGAUAAAAAGGAAAGAGGAAGAUCACUAAAGAGGGAAAACAGAAGCAGCAAAUCAAGCACAAAGCAUAAACAUGAUGAUGUAAUAACAAUUGAUGGAGAUGUAAUGUGGAUGGGCAGUGGUAGCAGAAAGACCGGCUACUUGCUGUUCAACUACGCUAACCUGGAAGAUCCUCCCAAAGAUCUCACUGCCAAGAAGUACACAAUGUCCUACAAGUUUUCACAGGCGGAUUCCAAACUUAUUCGCUUGAUAUUGGAUGCGCAUGGAUUUACUGAAGUGGAUAGCAACAGCACUUUUUUUAAUCUGUACUGGGGAAAUGCCCACUUCAACCCAAAUGAGAUCAGACAGUUGCAGGAUUGGCAGAAAGUUAACCAUUUUCCAAGAUCCUCAGAACUCACAAGAAAGGACCGACUUUACAUGAACAUCAAACGCAUGCAGCGGCAGUUUGGGGUCAAGAUCUUUGACUUCAUCCCCACCAGUUUCAUUCUACCCACUGAAUACCGAGACUUCUGCGACACUCACCUCCGUGAAAGAGGAACCUGGAUUGUAAAGCCUGUAGCAUCAUCACAGGGCAAGGGGAUUUACCUGGUGAAUCAGGUUGACCAAGUCCCGGCAGACGAAACUUCCCUUGUGUGUAGAUAUAUUGAAUCACCACUACUCGUGGAUGGUUACAAGUGUGAUCUACGGCUUUAUGUAGGUGUAACUUCAUUGGAUCCUCUAGUCGUUUACCUUUAUGAGGAGGGACUGGUGAGGCUUGCAACUGUCAAAUAUCAGCAUGGCAAGAACCUCUGGAAUCCAUGCAUUCAUCUAACAAAUUACUCUGUCAACAAAUUCCACUCCAAUUAUGUUCAGAAUGAAGACCCUGAGGUGGAUGACCGUGGCAACAAGUGGUCCCUGAGUGCCUUCUUGCGUCACCUCAAGAGCCAGGGUAUAGACACGGGGGCAGUGAUGCGCUCAGUUGAAGAUGUGAUCAUCAAAUCCCUCCUUGCAGCCUCUUACCAGAUGAACACUGCAACAAAUAUGUUCGUUCCACACACUAGAAAUUGCUUUGAGCUCUAUGGAUUUGACAUCCUCAUUGACAGCCAACUGAAACCAUGGGUGUUGGAAGUCAACUUAUCUCCGUCUCUCAACAUUGAUCAGCCUUUAGACUUGAAAAUCAAGUCAGCCAUGUUAGCAGACCUCUUUUCUCUUGUUGGCAUCCAAGUCUGCAAUCCUUAUACAGCCAAAGUUUCUUCGCGUCCCUCUAUUUUCCGCAAAUUGCCGUCCUUGCGUUACUCCACGGAUGUGUAUGAGAGGAACCAGUAUGGUCGAAACACUCCGAUAGUGCCAACUGCCGAGGAACUGCGCAUUGUACGCCAGGUUCGUGAAGAAUAUGAACGACGGGGUGGAUGGGCACGGAUAUACCCUUCUCCUGAUUCCUGGGCCCUCUAUGGGGGUUUGCAGGAAUAUGAUAGUCCACUCAACUUGAUCCUGCACUACCACCUGUAUCCUCAGAUCCAGCGGACAAAUAGAUACAGCCGUGUGGCGCCUGGCAGAGUGUCCGGUGUGUCUAGUAGCGGGUUAGCAUCAUCCCUUGAGCGGCUAAGCUGUUAUGAACGGGGUUUACCCAAGGGCCUCUCAUUCUUCAAGAACAAGAAAAACCUGGGUUCACACAAGAAAGAGGACAAGUCACUCUGUCGCGACAUGAAGCAAGUCAAGGCUAACAUCAUGAAAGCUUUGGAGAAUGGACUUGCCCUCAGCAAGUACCAGGCACGCAUGGCAUUUUCUGUAUACCUACAACAUGUUCAGCGUCGACUGAUGAUAGGUUGCGAUGAAGAAAAGCAGACGGAUCUUGUGUAUCGUUUUCUGAAGUCAGCAACGCGCACUCUUCAUGCUCCUCUGAAUAUUCAGAAUCCAAGUAAAAGCCUUCCAUCAGAGGCUCGUGCUGUUGUCAUCUCUAAACAGUUAGGUGACUUCAUUCAGGCUUACACCAAGGAGACGCACAUAUACUUGGAUCAAGGGGCAUCCUCGUCUUGCUCCUCCCUAUCCUCCCAGUGCCCGACCUCAGUUGCUACUUCUUCGGAGCCAUCCACGCCAUAUGUCACGUCUCCGCCAUCCACUUCUACACUGUCCAUUAACUCUCCAACUGCUGGAUCCAUGAGUGCCUCAACUUCAUCCAUCAACAAUGCACCCCUCUCUGUCUCUGGCUCGACAACCUCUGUCAACACUCAGCCUCCUGGGGCUGACUCAGGUGCAGUAGCAGAGGCAACCAGCCCAGAGCACAUCAAAAAGUCUGACUCCUCAGCCUCCAUCACAAGUCCUCCCCCCGUCAGAAAGUCCCAGUCCUCCACUGUAGUUUCCUUCAGCUCGUCGUUAACUGCUGAUAGUCCGCCACCUUUCUGUCUCGCUGGCUCUACGACUUCCAUCAAUAGCCCACCUUCCACUGCAUGUUCAGCUUCAUCUGCCUCUGUAGGCAGUCCGCCCUCAGUAUCUGUUACUGGUUCUUCCACGUCCAUCAAUAUCCCGUCUCCAUCAAAGACCCCUUCUUCUGUGUCCAUUUCAUCUAUCACUUCGGCAACAGAUACAGGAGUUGAGAUUUCUACAUUACCUCCAAGAAUAAGAAGGCUCAAAUCAGAUGGUGAUACAGCUGUACCUCCUAUUGAAGGAAAUGGUAGUACAAUGUCAACUAGCAUGGACUCAAGUGAUAUUCAGAAGCAGACCACUGAACAAUCUCAGCUGCUGCAGCAGCAGCAGCAACAGCAACAGAUUAAGGAUGACCACAUCACAAUGGAUUUAUACAGAGCUUUCAUGUCCAAUGCAGGAGAGUCUGAUCUGGAAGAGGUGUUGGCACUGCAGACUCGUUUGCAUAAUUCUGCAGGGGUGUUUCUUGAGGCAACACGGAGGUCCCGUUACAGUGCCUCAUCGCAUUCAGUGUCCUCUCUUUCAUCCACCCACACGCCAGCCUCAUCCACAACUAGCUCAAGGCCACGCACUCCAAAUGCUUCUCCUCAUGGUUCACCUAGAAGAAGUCGGCGUUCUCCGUCUACAGCAGGAAGCCAGCUGAGACAUCACGACCCAGUGACAAGUGAGCCCCAGCCCCAGCCCCAGCAGGAUGAGCAGAUGGCCAAGCAAACUCAGCCACUUGCCACAACUGCUACAGUAGCCUCCAGCACACCUUCAACCACAUCCUCACAUACUGCCACCUCCACUGCCUCCUCAUGCUGUCUGUUCGGCAAUAUCCUCAAAGCCAGUCUGAAAGGGACGAAUACUUCGUUUAUUUCAUGAAAUUAGGAAGAGGUAGUGCUUAACUUGGUAAUAGUGUGUCCUUAGAUAGACUUUUAGGGUUUAACCCCCUAUAUAUUUAUUAUUAUUGAUGUUGUUUAUAUAGGUAAUAUUAUUGUUAUUCUUGUAAUGGUAAUGAAGACAUGAUACUAUUUUUUUUAU